AAGCAAUUGGUACUUAUCAUGACCUGAAGUUUUGUUUCAUUGUACAGAAGUCUCGUCAAUGCUCUACUGGAGACUAUGGGUUUUGUUUGAGUAUUUUGCCAUGGCUGCUCUGCUCCUUCGGCGUCGUCGCCCUUGAGGUCGUCCUACGUGGUUGCGGGUGCAAGAUGGGCCAAGAUUCGAAGGGACUUGCGCCGGCUCAGAGGAGACCGGCACAAAAGCAUGCCACAUUCUCAGCGGUCAUUCUGAAUUUAUGGAUUGUUUUUCAUUAGACGUAUCUCCUUCAUAGAGUCCCCUUAACCACAUGGCCACCACGAAGGUGCCUUCAGAAGGACUGAUUGAUGCGAGAAAUACGGACAUUGCUCGAUUUGUCAGUUUCUAAUAGUUGACAUCCACAACGCGGAGCUACUUGGAUGGAAUUGGAACAUCAUUCGCAUUUUUGCCAUCUGAAAACAACUUACUGCUUGACUUUGUUCUAUCUAACCCGACUGGCCGUCUUUGCGACCGGUCUUGACGAAGGGGGUUUCAGUUACGACUAUAACAAGCAUGGUGCGGAUUGGGUCGCUGGGAUGUGCUCUUCAACAGAGCGGCAGUCACCAGUAUCUCUACAAACCGCGGGACUAACGCCGACGGGAAAUCUUCCGUACUCCUAUGUGCCAUUGGAGAACAGCUUUGAGCUCAAAAACAACGGCCACACGCUGUCCGGCGACCUUAUGGGACUGGGGCUUGGAGGCAUUAGCUACGGAAAUGGGUGGUACCUCUAGGCAUAACAACUGGCGUUAUUUGUUUACAAUUCGACACUUGAGCGGUCGGCCAAGAAAGGGAGACUCGCUGGCGCGGAAGCACGGCGCCUGGCAGUGAGCGGGAGGCGCGGCCGGCAGGGCCCUGCUGAGGGUCAACCCAUUGCGGCAUAGACACUUGCCGCGCCCGCCUUUUGCCGAUCGCAUUGCGGCAAUAGGCAAACGCCACCAGGCAGGGGGGCCGGCCACUGAGGGGGGCGCGGCAUGCGUUGGCGAUGGGCUCGCGUACUAUCCUCCCUGAAGUUGCAGCCCUUCCCCGAUCGGAGCACCGCGCAGCCCGCAGAAUUCUAGGUAUGCCCGCCCAGUCAAAUCAUCAUUGCGGCGGCGACACUUGCGAGGCGGUUCCGGUCGAUGUGCUGCGCAAGCGCAUCUUCCUGAGCGGCCGACGCGGUGCGGGGGGACUACGGUCCACGGCUGAUGGCCUGGGGGAUCUCUUUGCGCUCCGCAUGCGCGCGGCCGUGGCUGUCCAGCUACCAGAACGAAAAGGGCGGCACCGUGCUGGCCAUACAUAGCGGAGACUGGCGCGGCGCCGUAUGAACUUGCGGGAGCGACGUGGAACAGCGGAGGGCCAGCACGUAGCCCCGCUCAGUCGAGGGGCCUCGGCGUUUUGCUUUUGGGGCAGCGCGCAUUCUUGCGGCUUGGCGCUGCAGUUGGGACGUGUUGCCACGACCCAAAGAAAGGCAGGAAGCCGGAAGGGGCUCGCCCCUGCAGAGACGGGCACAGGAGAGCGGACGGACAGAAAGGCCGAAGCCAUGGGGGGGCCAAGCGACAAAGCGCGGGCGGCUUUGGCGACUGCUUGGGGCACCAUGGCAAGAAGAAGCAGGAACCGGCGGGGCGCCCGCGGAUGAUGGCGUAAGCGCUGAAGUGCGCACGGAGCUCACGAACACCCUCCAGGCAGAUGGGGGCGCGUUCAUCCUCCACCACUGUGGAGGCCACCAGUCGUGGCUGGGGCUCACGGCUUCCAAGCGGGUGCCUGGCUCUUCUGCCGGGUUUCGGCAUUCGUACGUUCUGCUGUCUCCUUGUCUUGUUGGUUUUUUCUGAGGGUACGGGUAGGCGGCUCUGUGUCCUCUCCUUACGUCUUCAUCUGCAAAAUUGUGUCGCCAGGCUUCUUAGCGUUGUUGGCUUACUAGUUGACGAGGGCCCCUUCCUAAUAGCUUUGCGCGCUACGCUCCUUCUGUUUUUUAUGUAUAUUCGUGCGAAAUACUACUAAUUCUAGCCGCGUUCGAUGAUGAAAAUUCAGCUUUUCUUUGACACAAUGAUUGAUACAACCGAUAACAGGUACAACGUGUUGAGUGUAAAUUUCCAUUCGCCUUCGGAACAUGUGUGGGAUGGGAUGCAGUUUCCGCUUGAGGCCCAUUUAGUUCACAAACGUUCGGAUAGUGAUCAUCUCAUCAUGGUUGCAGUUCCUUUUGGUAAGCCGCUGCCUGCUGAACCAGCGGGAGCAGGAAGCGCACCAGAAUUUCUCCAACGACGACCAGUACCCGCUUUUUUGAGUACAACAAGUUCGGAGCAAAUGAACAGUCGGACAUCAACAUCUUCGUCUUCUGAUGCUACAACAACUAGACGAGGCUCGCAGGCGCCCGCUGCCCCUGCUGGCGCUGCCUCCUUGCCGGCGGCUGGAAGCGAGGCUGGGAGCGGCAAGGCCGCGGCAAAACCGGGACCCAUAUCAGCUUUCGCGUUGAAUGUACCUGAAAUCGUCGGACAGACAGUCUUCGCGUCGCCUCCAAUGGACCUCUCCUUAAGGCUACCAGUAAUGAAAAUCCAUCUCUAUGUCUAGCGGGAUCCCUCUUCCAUAUCCAAGGUAUAGAUUCAACUUCUGAGAGAUCCAAUCUCCACGGGGAUGAGUUAUAAAUAUUUAGGAGCAGCUCUAACCUCCGACUUUUAUGGUGGAGACGGGCAGUUCAUCGAGUAUUCCGGCUCUCUCACGGCCCCCCCAUGCGCGGAGACUGCCACCUGGUUUGUGCGCACCGCACCAGUAGACGGAGACGAGCUGGAGGUACACAAGUUGCAGCAAGCGAUUAAGAGAUGAUUAUUGGACUCAUAUCGAUACGGUCAGUGGACUCGUGACACUUGAUGAAUUUGCGAAAGAGAAGGCCAAAGAACAUCUUCUAUUUAGACUUCUUGCAGGGUUUUUACAACUACUGAGAGAAAUAGAAUAUGGACUCGAAUAGUUGCACCUUAUCGCCUCGUCUUUGGUGGAAUCUUCAGUCUUCGACGUCACUGUUUUCAUCAGUUUUUUUAUGGACAUGCUUUACAUUUUUCUUUCAUUGUAAUCUUGACGAUCACUGGUGGUCACGGUAACAACCGCGCAACGCGGCCGCUGAAUGGGCGGCCGGUGGCUCUACGCGCAGCAGUACGUGAGGAAGUUGCCGCGCAGCCGAGUGUUAGCCCAACUGGUCGUGUUAAGCAGGCUUCUAAAUGAAGAAUCGUCAUCUCUCUUACCAACUGCAUCGACCACCCUUGAAAGGAACCUAAAUGUAUACGUGUUUGUCCCUCAGUGAUCCUAUUCUUUUAUGAGAGCAAGACUUUUGUUGCGCAGUUACUAGGAACAAUAUGGGCCACCUCUAAUGCUCCAGAAGGAGGAUCGGCUGGAGACUCCUCCGACGCGACCGACCCGAAUGCGCCUAGCAAACGGGAGUACCAGGCGCUUAUGUGGGCGAAGGAAGCCAUGGACGAGGCGCGCGUGGCGCGUGACCACGUAUGGCCUGCUUUCUUGAUUUUGCAAGAACUUCCUCAGGUAGUACAUCUUCGUCUAAUUUUCCAUCUUCUUCAGAUAGUACUUACAUUUGCCUCUAUCGUCAGAUACAUAGGAGUACAUCAUCUUGGAGGAGCUCUCCCAGAAGUAAGUAGGUGUAAACACCUCCAUCAGAUGGAUUCGUAUGAGUUCUAAACCAUGCAGCCAAUUUAGACGAAAAGUUGCGUGUUUUGUCGGAAGCGAGAGCCGAUGUGCACACCGCGAUUGGAUCGCAGGCUGGAGCGCUAGCAUCUGCCGCAGCGGGUGCAGCGGCGACUGCGACAGCAGCUGUUAAUGCAGCCACGGGCGGAAAUGUAAACCAGAUCGCCACGCCGUUGGCGCGGUGAUUAUAGCAUAAAUUCUGAAGAAUUACGAAGGUUCAUGUUGUUUUGGGCGGUCAAACUGUUGAGUUCUUGGAAUCACAGAUGAACACAGAGGACGAUAGAACACAUUCGUGGAAUCAGAGCCUCACACAUGCUCGCUGGUUUUUUCCUUGUUUUUUCCAAAAGUGGACACUAGAACAAUGCAAUGCUCCGUCAUCAAGGAGCCAUCACUCCUCC